CACAAAAAUUUAGGGUUUCUAAUUCAUGGCAUCAUCAUCAAUGAAGAAGAUCAUCCUGAAGAGUUCUGAAGGCGAGACCUUUGAAAUCGAAGAGGCGGUGGCAGUUCAAUCGCAGACGAUCAAGCAUUUGAUCGGCGACCAGUGUGCCAAUGACACUGAAAUCCCUAUUUCGAACGUAACAGGCAAGAUCUUGGCCAUGGUUAUUGAGUAUUGCAAGAAACAUGUUGAUGCUGUAAGUUCUGAUGAGCUUAGGAAGUGGGACGCUGAAUUUGUCCAGGUCGAUCAAGAUACUCUCUUGAAACUCAUCUUGGCUGCAAGGUAUUUGGACAUCAAGAGUCUAUAUGAUCUUGGAUGUAUGACUACAGCAAACAACAUCAAGGACAAGACACCGGAGGAGAUUUGCAAGAUUUUCAACAUUAAGGAUGAGUACACCCCCGAGGAAAAGGAGGAAGUUCGUCGCGAAAAUAGUUGGGCCUUUGAAUGAAUCUGUAGUCAAUUUAAUUUCCAGUGUUUAGUCAAUUUCUCUGUGUUAUGCUUCGUUUUAGUCAUGAAAGAACUAUAUAGUGUACUUUUUAAUGAUUAUAUAUGGAAUAAAGUUUUAUUUAUUAUUACA